UCGUUUGACACGAUGACGACGCCGCGACCACACCUUCUAGCGGGUGAAACGAUCUCUCGUAACGAGUAACGACACUUGCUAGUGUCAACAGACACCGUUUUUGAAACGAGCAAUCGCUCGAAAAAUAGGAAAAAGGGAAUCACGCGACUCAAGGUAAGAAUCCCGAAUCCGCAGACUUCCUAAUCGUGAAGCGAACGAACAACGCGACAUCCUUGCAGUGCAACAGACGCGUCACACUUAUCAAAACAAACGGGAGUGUCUCUUUAGGUUAGGCGUUGAAAAAUGGUCCUUCUCAAGUCCUGCUGGUCGCCCUGCAUAUGGACGAACAGCGUCGAAACUGGCACCAAAGCGAUUGCCUAUUACGCAUCGGCGCUGAGCAUUGUUUUGAUAACUUUGAUAUGUUAUCAAAUGAAUGGCGGGGAUUCAACGCAGCUUUAUAAUCCCUUGUUUGAGGCAGAUGUCCGGUUAUCCAUGCAGAUAUGGGGUACAUUUUUCAUACUAUAUUUUUUGGGCCUAAUCGGGGCGUCCGUCUUGAUGGUUCGUGGCAUGCAUCUGGGAAUAAGAGGGAUGAUGAUUCCGUGGCUGAGCAUGUGGUUCAUCAUGUGUUUGUUCCAACUUAUUUUUGGACUCUGGCUUCUCGGCGGCUAUUAUAUCUAUCUUCAAGGGGUAUUUGCAACGUUGUGUAACUGGUUGUGGAUGUCGUAUAACAUUUACUGCUGGCUCUGCGUCUACUCCGUAUGGCAGAUAUUGACAGAACUGCAGUCGCCUAAUAUUGAGCUUUUGUGGCCGUGAAUACGGUUUUCGUCCAUUUGAAGAGUAUUACAAGUAAUAAAUACAAAGCUUACAAAUUAGUUUUAUAAAAUCAACAUGACUUAUGUCUGUUGAUAUAUGGAUAAGUGUACGGCGACACGGAAGCAAGUGAGAACAUGUGCCUAUUUUUUAUAGGGAAAAAAUUACCAGUUUUACAGAUAUGAAUUAAUAUUUUAUAUGCAGCUAGGAAUUACAAUUUUUUACUCUGGACGAUAAUUUUUUUGUGCCGUGAACAGUAAUAUUGGUAUAUUGCUUCCGUGCCACUUCGUAGGUUGUAGAAAAAAUCUGCACAUAACGUUUUUACAGACCGAAGACUGAAAUGGUUCGAUACCUGAUCAGCCACCCGUCCAAAUUCGGUCCAAAAAAUGGAUUUUAGUAUAUAAUAUAUUAUUUUGCUCUGUUGCGCAAAGUACCGUAGAUAAAACAGAAAGAUAAGGAUGAAUAAUGAAUCGAUUUAUACAUAUAUCAUAUUUUUAUUUACACGAAAAAGAAUCUCUAGCUGCCUACAUAUUAUAUAUACGACAUAUAUUCAUUACUUUUUAGGUAUGUAUUAUCGUGUCUUUGAUAUUUUUGUACAAAACUAGACGUUAUACACAUUCCUUAUAUAAGUCUGCAUCCCGUUGUAGUUCUGUUAAAGAUGAAUAUUAGGAAUGUCGAUGCAUCGUUACGACUUUGACUUUUCAUAGACUUUAGACUCAUACAUUUGAAAUGAAACGAAGCAACCUUCUAUUAAGAGAAAUAGGUAACUCGAAAACAGUGGAACCUUGACGAAUGUACGAUAUGACAACAUUUAAGUUAUGUUAUCGUAGUCACAGAAUUGAUACACGUAGUUAAAAUAGCAUACAAGUGACCAUACCAUUACAAAUAUCUAAGAUAUGAUUAUCAAUAAUUAAUUUUUCCAUUUAUCAUGAAGAGAUUUUUAUUUGUCUCGAAAAUUGAUCGAUCUUGAAUAGUGAAAAUAGCGAUGAGGUUUACUCGCAACCAAAACUGAAUCCGUCCAUUUUGAUACCUAACUGCAUAAGUUAAGUAAUAAAAUUCAUUAGAGUGCUGUCAUUGCUAUAAAAUAUUCAUAUCGUCUCUUAUCACAUACUCGUAUGUUUUUAAUUUUUCUAACGCACUUAGGUGUUGCUGUGUGUUCAGUGCUCGAACUGGCUGAAAAAUUAAUUCUUAACAAAUAAAAAUUGUUCAAUUGUUUAUAUCAAAUAUAAAA